GUUUAUUUCUACUGGGAUUGAAGUUUUUACGUUUGUACCGGUUUAUAAGAAUACCGUCAAUGUAAGAUGGAUGUGCCACAUACUUCUUCGAGAGCAAAAAUUGAGAAUAUUCAUUCUUUUUGUAAAUCCUUUGGUUAUGACACAAAUGAUAUCAUCCAAAAUAUCAUUGCAAAUAUUAGUGAACUAACUGACAAAGAUAUUGUUCUCAUCGAUGCACUAUGGAACUCAAGAGAUGGAUUCCAGAAAAAAAGUGGAAAAUGCUCCAUAAUUGAAGCUAUAAGGGUGUUAGGAUGUGUUUCAUCUGCAAAUAUCAUUUAUUCAAGGGCUGGUUUAACGCCAAAAGUUAUGUUUUUGGUGGUUUACUUUUUCAAGGUCAUGUUUCGCAUCGUUGAUCUGAAAGAAUUACUGGAUCCAAAAUGUACAUUAGGAAAUUUCACUGUCCAUGAAUUUUCCGGAUUGGCCGAAAAAAUUACAAAAACUGAAAUCUUAAUUGAUGCGGUAGAAAUAAAAGAAAACGUCGAUGAACCUUCAUUGCACAGUUUAAUUUCAAAUUUUGACAUACACAUUGGAGUAGACCAAAUAGGGAAUCUAAAAAGUCGCAUCACAAGCAUGAUCCCUAAAGGAGAGGAUAUGAAAACAUGUCUCCAUCUGUUGACAUUGUUUAUUAGAUUAUCCACCUUACGACAUGCUCUCUUAUUCAGAUUGAAAACUUGUGUUGAGGCAAAUAACUAUAGUCCAAGCACAAGUGGUACAUUGAAAACAUAUAUCGAAAAAGAGAGAGCAGAUAACAAAGAAUUUUUGAGAUUGUUUUCACUCCCAAGUCUUGAAGACAUCUACGUUUUAGCAGUAUUUGACCCAGCCGAACAUACGGAACUCACAACAUAUCUCGAGGAAAUGCAUCUUCCACUACAAAAUUUACAAAAGGUGUUGGAUGGAAAAAAUUUUCUUAUCCAGCCAUUUAAGAAUACGUCAAUCCUACUUGGAAGAAACUUCCCGUCUUAUGGGGCCGCAAGAGCCAUGAAAAGUUCAACAGAUGUUGAUAAUGUUCGAAUCCAAUUUGAAUUCGAGGCUGUUAAAGAAUCCUUCAAUCUUUUUUACAUUAAGUCCCCAGAUCUAAAAGAAUACCUCUACAUGACUAGCAAACUUUAUUGUGAUUAUUCUAAAAGAUACAAAGAUCAAACUGGUGCCCAGUGGCGGAUAAUUCAAGUAAAGGAUGAAAAGGGAAGGGAAGAUGACCCAUCUUUGUUUGUUUUAUGUACAAGAAAACGACCUUGUAAUUUUCUGUACAUUGAGAACGCCUGGCUAGUUGAUUUUGGAAGGGGUUUAGAGGACAGCAGUAAACCACCUGGGACAGAGUGUUUAUUCCAAUUGAUGUCUCCUGGAAACCCUCCUAUUAGCAUUCCUUUCCCAAGUCCUAGACAUUAAACAGAAUCUUUAAAAGGAGGAUGCUGAAAAGGUAUGCUAAUAACUAAUAU